ACCAGCUUCUGCACAAGCGCAUGGGUCUCUCUCACCUCAUUCUGGCCACGUGUGGCCUCGCGCUCGCCAGCGCCGUCGAGAGCAACGAGACUGUCACCGCCGUCGAGAGCACCGAGGUGAUCCAAACCGAGAGCUUGGCCGAGACCAACACGACGUCGGUGCAAUGGAAGCCCAUGGCCAUCGCGCACGGCACGGGCUACUGGAGCGGCCAAAUCAAGAUCAUCAACAACCUCCCGGCCGUGUGCCCGUUCUCGCAGAAUUCGGCGACGUCAAAGCGUCGGCCUCGGGCCGUUUAGCGGCUGGUACACGCUCGGCGUCCAGGAAAACG